UUCUGGUGCACUGCGACCAUAUGUAUGACAUAUUCGGCUUUACGGUAUGAUAUUUGUAUUUGUGUUUGCUACCGUUACAUCCGUGUUCGUAUCUUUCGUUGAUGGAGCUGGAUAUCUACAAAUACGACCUCCCUCAGCUGAAAAAUGUUGCUAUGACAACAUAAACAUUGCUCAUUUCAGCUAUGAAAGGGAUCUAUGCGAAGGACCAAACGUUUGGUGCAGAAUACACCCGUGUUGGACGACAUGUGGGUCACAAAGGAGACAAUCACCUAUCAACAUCAACACAACAGAGACUUAUUAUAAAAGGCAUUCAAGGCUUAAGUUUGAUAAUAUUGACAAAAGAGUUCCUGCGAAUAUUAAAAACAAUGGUCAUUGCCCGGAUUUUAAUGUUGACGGAGAAUUUGAUGACGAAAUAACUCUAUGUAAUGUCCCUGGAAGACCAAAAGACAAAGAAUAUAAUUUUGCCCAGUUGCAUAUUCACCUUGGACGAGACAUAAAUAAGGGUUCUGAACAUUGUAUUGACAACAAUUUCAAACCUAUGGAGGCUCACAUGGUGUUUUACGACAGUGACUAUGAUGAUGUUGGUGAAGCUAAACCACAGAAAAAUGGACUGGUAGUGUUAAGUGUUAUGAUAGAGGUAAACGGUAACUCACACGAAAAAAAUAAAUGUGGGGUUGAUGGGAAGUGUAAAGUCAGAUUUGCAAAAAAGCUUAGUAAACUAAUGGAAAAGUACUAUACAACAGUGCGAGAAUAUCCUACCGAAUCAAUACCUGCUGCUUUCUUUGACAACCUGCGUUCUCCUCGUAGAAACAAUUGUACGAACAUUAAAUGUGGUCAGACGCCAAGUCCAGACUUCAUACAACAGAGAUGCGAAAAAGAACAGCAAAACGACAGAACCGUUAGAGUUACAGAAGGUAUUUCUCCUCUAGAUGUCCUUCCGUAUGACAGAGAUCGAUUCUACACGUAUGCAGGGUCUCUAACUACACCUCCAUGUUAUGAAACUGUACAAUGGGUUGUUUAUAAAUGCCCAAUUAAAGUUUCUAGCAAGGCUUUUAGAAUGUUACAGUUGGUGCAAGAUUCAAAUCAUUUCCCCCUUACGCAUCUUGGUGUACGGAGACCGAUACAGAAAAAUAAGAAAGUAGUUGUUUACCAAAGUUUUAAGAAUUAAAAAAAUAUGAAAUAAAAAC